UGGUAAGUAACGCUGCUUGCGAGAGACCAUAUGACUACCGGUAAACUGGUAAGCAUAGGGUGGACACAACGCAACGUCCACCGCAUGUAUUACGUCAGACACCUACCGGCGAACCACUGAUAUCCCCGUGGAUAUUCUCAGCUGCAAGGAGUAAGGGCAGACCAGACCGUUAUAAGCUGUGUCUUCUGAGACGCAAAAAGUUAAAAAGGAUCAAGAGCAGCACAUCAUUCCCGGACAACAACUUCAGAUCAAGCGACCAUGGGAUUCAGAGGCACCGUUUUUGAUGACCCUGGCUUUGAUGCCAACAGUGAUGCAGAGGCCCUGUACAAUGCAAUGAAAGGCUUUGGCAGUGACAAGGAAGCCAUUUUGGAUCUGAUCGCUUCCAGAAGCAAUGCCCAGAGACAAGAGAUUCGAGCAUCUUACAAAUCUCUAUAUGGAAAGGACCUGAUAGAUGAUCUGAAAUAUGAGCUGACUGGGAAGUUUGAGCGCCUGAUCAUCGCACUGAUGAGACUUCCAGCGUAUCACGAUGCCAAAGAGAUCAAAGACGCCAUUAAGGGCGCAGGAACGGAUGAGAAAUGCUUGAUUGAGAUCCUCGCCUCCAGAACCAAUGAGCAGACACAUGCUAUGAGGGAGGCCUAUAACGAUGCCUAUGGCAGAGACCUUGAGGAGGAUGUUAUUGGCGACACUUCAGGACACUUUAAGAAGAUGCUGGUUGUUUUACUCCAGGGGACCAGAGAAGAAGAAGGUGUUGUGCAUGAGGACCUAGUGGAAGAGGACGCACAGGCCCUGUUCGCUGCAGGAGAAGAGCAGUGGGGCACCGAUGAGUCCAUAUUCAUCAUGCUGCUGGGAAACCGCAGCGUCACCCACCUCAGGCUGGUUUUUGAUGAGUAUCAGAAGAUUGCAGAGAAGUCUAUUGAGGACAGCAUCAAGAGCGAACUCUCAGGGGAUUUUGAAAGACUAAUGCUGGCUGUUGUUCAGUGCAUUAGGAGUGUGCCCAUGUUCUUUGCCAGGCGUCUCUACAAAUCCAUGAAGGGUCUGGGCACAGCUGAUAACACGCUCAUCCGUAUCAUGGUGUCCCGGGCUGAAACCGACAUGCUGGAUAUAAGGGAAUGCUUCCGUCUGCGCUAUGAGAAAUCCUUGCACCACAUGAUCCAGGAUGACACGUCUGGGGAAUAUAAGCGCACUCUUCUGAAACUGUGCGGAGGAGACGAUGACAUAGCUGGAGAGUUCUUCCCAGAGGCUGCCCAGAUUGCAUACAAGAUGUGGGAAAUCAGUGCCAUGACUAAAAUUACGCCCAGAGGAACUGUCCGCCCUGCUCCUGAUUUCGACCCAGCCAGUGAUGCACAGGAUCUCAGGAAAGCCAUGAAAGGCUUUGGCACAGAUGAAGACACCAUCAUCAACAUCCUAGCUCAGAGGAGCAACGAGCAGCGGCAGGCGAUCAGACAGGCCUUCAAGUCUCUCCUGGGAAGGGAUCUCAUGGCUGAUCUCAAAUCUGAGCUGUCCAAAAACCUGUGUAGGCUUAUCAUGGGCCUGGUGAUGACUCCAGCUGAGUUUGAUGCUAAAAUGAUGAAGAAAGCCAUGGAGGGAGCAGGGACUGAUGAGCACGCUCUGAUUGAGAUCCUGGUGACGCGAAGCAACGAGGAAAUCCAGGCCAUGUGUGCCGCCUACCAGGAAGCCUAUAAGAAGAGCCUAGAAGACGCCAUCUCAUCAGAUACCUCCGGCCACUUCUGCAGGAUCCUUGUAUCCCUAGUUCAGGGAGCACGAGAGAAUGGGCUUGUGGAUAUAGACAGAGUGCAUGAAGAUGCACAGGCGCUGGCCGAUGCCUGUAAUGACGAGUCUGAUGACAUGGUGGUGAAGUUCAUGAGCAUUCUGUGCACCAGGAGCUACCGUCACCUGAAGAGAGUGUUCCAGGAGUUUGUUCUAUGCACCAACAAAGACAUCGAGCAAAUCAUCAAGAAGCAUAUGUCAGGAGAUGUCAAACAGGUCAUGUAUGCCAUUGUGAGGAGUGUAAAGAACCAGCCCUCCUACUUAGCAGACCGUUUGUACAAAGCCAUGAAGGGUUUGGGCACUGACGACAGGGCUCUCAUUCGCAUCAUGGUGUCCAGGUGUGAGAUUGACCUCUUCAACAUUCGCAAAGAGUUCAAAGAGACGCACGACGCCUCCCUCCAUGAAUUCAUCCAGGUAGAAGCGUUCGUCGGUGAUACUUCUGGGGACUACCGCAAAACCCUUCUGAUGCUCUGUGGUGGGGAAGACUAAUGGUCUUGAAGUGAGUUACCCCAGCAACGACUGGCCACAGACACAGAUGAUCCCCACAAGCUUCCUGUGAAUUGAGCACCACCCAGUGCUCUGGAGCGGAGGAAACUGAAUGCCCACUAUGUGACCCCAACCUCCCCCACCCCCCCUACCACCACCACCUCCAGUGCUGCUGCCACUCUAUGCCAAAGCUUAUGACCUUUCACCCUUUGCACUUUCUCAGCGAGGCUACGUCCACUCACUGUAUCUGACCGUCCCUGUGUUGGAAAGGAACGCGGAAUUGUUUUAUUUUAUUUUCCUUUUUUAAUGAAUACAUGUGAACUUGGAGUUCAUGGCCGUACAGUAGGAACGCCAGAAGAUGCACCGCUAGUGUCCAAGUAGAGCUGUUCUUGUAGUUAUUGAUAUUGUUAGCCAGCUGUAGCCAUCGAAUAAAAGUGCUAUCCUGAAAUAAAAGGAAAACCUGUCAAUGUC